CGAGGCAGGGAAGCACUUGUAUAAAACUCGGCUGGACCCCGCUUCAGUGAUCUUUAUCAUCCUCAUCGAAUUGGGGAAGCAGCAUCGUAUUUUUUAAAAGACGCAAACAGUAGUGUACCUUUGGGGAAGCUGAGUCCCCAGGCAGCCACCAUGGGGGACGAGAGCGAGUGGAUGAAGCUCCCCAUUGACCAGAAAUGUGAACACAAGAUUUGGAAAGCCCGCCUGAAUGGUUAUGAAGAAGCACUGAAAUUGUUCCAGAAGAUAGAAGAUGAAAAGAGUCCAGAAUGGGGGAAGUACCUGGGACUGAUUAAGAAGUUUGUCACAGACUCGAAUGCAGUGGCUCAGCUCAAAGGUCUGGAGGCAGCCCUUGCCUUCAUUGAGAAUGCCCACUUUGCUGGAAAGACGACAGGUGAGGUAGUGUCUGGUGUGGUGACCAAAGUGUUCAACCAGCCAAAAGCACGGGCCAAAGAGCUGGGUAUGGACAUCUGUCUUAUGUACAUUGAGAUAGAGAAGGCUGAAGUGGUUCAGGACGAGCUGCUCAAAGGACUGGACAACAAGAACCCCAAGAUAGUGGUGGCGUGCAUCGAGACUUUAAGAAAGGCUCUCAGUGAAUUUGGGUCUAAAAUAGUAACAUUGAAGCCAGUAGUGAAGGUUUUACCCAAACAGUUUGAGUCUAGAGAGAAAGCUGUGAGAGAUGAAGCCAAGCUGCUUGCAGUAGAGAUCUACAAGUGGAUCAGAGAUGCUUUGAGACCUUCACUUCAGAACAUUAAUUCUGUACAGCUCAAAGAGCUAGAGGAGGAAUGGGUGAAGCUACCUUCAUCUCCUCCCAAACAGACGCGCUUCCUGCGCUCCCAGCAGGACCUGAAAGCAAAGUUUCAGGAGCAACAGGCUCAAGGAGGAGAACAGUCAGAUGGAGAUGAUGGGGAGGAAAUGGUGGUGGCAGUGGAUCCUUAUGAGCUGCUGGAGCCUGUGGAAAUUCUAUCAAAGAUGCCCAAAGACUUCUAUGAGAAAAUUGAAGCUAAGAAGUGGCAGGAACGAAAAGAGGCACUGGAGGCUGUCGAUGCUUUGACCAAGAACCCCAAACUAGAGAACGGAGACUAUGGAGACCUUGUCAGAGCCCUAAAGAAGGUUGUAGGGAAAGAUGCUAACGUGAUGCUGGUUUCAAUGGCAGCUAAAUGUCUGGCAGGACUGGCUACUGGUCUGAGGAAGAAAUUUGGAACAUAUGCAGGACAAGUGGUUCCAACCAUUCUAGAGAAGUUCAAGGAAAAAAAGCCACAGGUUGUCCAAGCCCUGCAGGAGGCAGUUGAUGCCAUCUUUCUCACUACAACUUUCCAGAACCUGUCAGAGGAAAUCCUGGCUGUGAUGGACAAUAAGAACCCUUCAAUCAAGCAGCAGGCCUCUCUUUUUCUCGCCCGCUCCUUCAGACACUGCACACAAGCCACACUGCCCAAGAGCAUCCUCAAGCCUUUCUGUGCUGCUCUUAUCAAGCAAGUAAAUGACUCUGCCCCAGAGGUCCGUGAUGCUGCCUUUGAAGCUCUGGGGACUGCCAUGAAAGUGGUGGGAGAGAAAGCUGUGAACCCUUUCCUGGCUGACUUGGAUAAACUUAAAUUGGAUAAGAUUAAGGAGUGUGCUGAUAAGGUGGAGCUCUCAGGAGGUAGGAAGGGUGCAGGAGGAGGCGGCACAGUUGAGAAGAAAUGUGCAGCUAAAGCCGUCGUCCCUGCUGAAUCUGUAUCCAAAUCCUCUGUUCCAUCGAAGAGCCAGACUUCUGCCAAUAAGGUGUCAGCAGUGCCACCUAAGAAAGGGAAGCCAACCUCUGCAGCUGGUGCCAAAUCCAAGAAGUCCUCCGAUAGUAAAGAAUUCACUGAGUCUGAACUUUCAGCUGAAGUGUGUCAGGACUUGGCUGCAGGUGUACUUCCUGCCUCCUGUGUUGAACAGCUGGACUCGGCCAACUGGAAGGACAGACUGGCCAGUAUGGAGGAGUUCCAGAGGGCUGUUGAGACAAUGGAUAAAGCUGCAAUGCCCUGCCAGGCCUUAGUCAGGAUGUUGGCCAAGAAACCAGGGUGGAAGGAGACGAACUUCCAGGUGAUGCAGUUGAAACUGCGGAUUGUGGCUCUCAUUGCUCAAAGGGGACAAUUUUCCAAGACCUCAGCCUCUGUUGUUUUGGAUGGCUUGGUGGACAAGGUUGGAGAUGUCAAGUGUGGUGGAAAUGCUAAAGAAGGACUGACUGCUAUUGGAGAGGCCUGCUCACUGCCAUGGACUGCAGAACAGGUUGUUUCUAUGGCUUUUUCCCAGAAAAAUCCCAAAAACCAGGCAGAGACUCUGAACUGGCUGUCUAAUGCUAUGAAGGAGUUUGGCUUUGCAGGUAUCAAUGUGAAGGGUUUCAUCAACAAUGUGAAGACAGCUCUGGGAGCAACCAACCCCGCUGUUAGGACAGCAGCCAUCACUUUGCUGGGAGUCAUGUACCUCUACAUGGGAGCUCCACUACGCAUGUUCUUUGAAGAUGAGAAGCCGGCUCUCCUUGCGCAGAUAGAUGCAGAGUUCGAGAAGAUGCAAGGUCAAUCUCCACCACCCCCUAUCAGGUUCACCAAAAAAGUGGCGGCAGAGGAGGAGGGUGCUGAAGUUGAGGAGCAAGAUGAAGAUGCUGGAGGUGGAGGACAAAAUAUCAUGGACCUGCUGCCCCGAACAGAUGUCAGUGACAAGAUCACGACUGACCUUGUGUCUAAAAUUGGAGAUAAGAACUGGAAGAUCAGAAAGGAAGGUCUGGAUGAGGUUGCAGCCAUCAUUUCAGAGGCCAAGUUCAUCAUGGCCAACAUUGGAGAGCUGCCUCUGGCCCUGAAGGGACGUCUCAGUGACUCCAACAAGAUCCUGGUGCAGCAGACUCUUUCUAUUCUGCAGCAACUGGCUACAGCCAUGGGAGCUGGACUUAAGCAGCACGUCAAAGCUCUGGGAAUUCCCAUAAUAACCGUUCUAGGAGACAGCAAGCCAAAUGUGAGGGCGACUGCCAUGACCACACUUCAGGCCUGGGUGGAGCAGACUGGGAUGAAGGACUGGCUGGAGGGAGAAGAUCUUUCUGAGGAACUGAAGAGAGAGAAUCCCUUUCUGCGACAAGAGGUGCUCGGCUGGUUAGCAGAGAAGUUGCCCACACAGAGGACUGUUUCAGGGGAUCUGAUGCUGUGCAUUCCUCAGCUUUAUGCCUGUCUGGAGGACAGAAAUGGAGAUGUGCGGAAAAAGGCUCAGGAUGCCCUUCCUACCUUUAUGAUGCAUCUUGGCUACGACAAGAUGAACAAAGCGACAGGCAAACUCAAACCUGCCUCUAAGGAUCAGGUGGUAUCCAUGUUGGAAAAGGCCAGAACAGUGAUGCCAGCUAAACCUGCGGCUCCAGCCAAAACGGGGGGAGGGAAAGGAUCUGCAGAGCCAAAUAGAGCUGCUUCAGCCUCCAGGUCUCAACUACCAAGUGAAGACGUCGCUGAUAGUAAACCAGAAGUUAAGAAAGUCCGAGGUGGAAUGGCUGCUAAGAAGCCUCCCUCCCCACCUGAGGAACCCAUCCCUCCCCCUUCUUCCAAGGACAAGGACAAUAAUGGUAGUAAAAAGCCUUCCAGCAAAGGGAAGGCUGCUGGUGGCAAUCAACAGGGUGCUGCUGGUAAGAAGCCUGUGUCUAAAGGUUUGAAGGAUGAUGAAGAUAAGUCUGGGCCACUCUUCAUCCUCAUCGCCAAUGCGAAGGAACAGAGGAUCAAAGAGGAGAAGCAAUUGAAGAUUCUGAAGUGGAACUUCAUCACCCCUCGAGAUGAAUAUGUGGAGCAGUUGAAAACUCAAAUGUCCACCUGUUUUGCAAAGUGGCUACAAGAUGAGCUGUUUCACUUCGACUUCCAAAGACAUGUUAAGGCCAUUGGAGUCAUGAUUGAGAGGUUGGAGAGUGAGAGUGAAGCCACCAUCAGCUGUCUGGACCUGAUUCUGAAGUGGUUCACCCUGCGGUUUUUUGAUACCAACACCACAGUCCUGAUGAAGGUGCUUGAGUAUCUAAAAUUGCUGUUUGCCAUGCUGAAUAGAGAGAACUACCACCUGACGGAGUAUGAAGCCAACUCCUUCGUCCCCUACCUCAUUCUUAAGGUUGGAGAAUCAAAAGAUGUGGUUCGCAAAGAUGUUCGGGCUAUCCUGGCCAUGCUAUGCAAGGUUUAUCCAGCAUCCAAGGUCUUCCCUUUCCUCAUGGAUGGAACCAAAUCCAAAAACUCCAAACAGAGAGCUGAAUGUCUGGAGGAGUUAGGUUGUUUGAUAGAGGGCUAUGGGAUGAAUGUAUGCCAGCCUACUCCAGCUAAGUCUCUGAAAGAAAUUGCUGUGCACAUUGGUGACAGAGACACAUCUGUACGCAAUGCUGCCCUCAACACUGUGGUGGCUGUCUACAACGUCUGCGGGGAUCAGGUCUACAAACUCAUAGGAAAUUUGUCGGAGAAGGACAUGAGUAUGCUAGAAGAGAGAAUAAAGCGAUCAGCAAAGAAGGCACCCACAGCUGUGCCCAAACAGACUGCAACAGAUCGGUCUCAGAAGGAGCACCCAACAAACUCCAAUGCCACCUUCCUCCGCAAGCCUGCACAGGAAGACCCUAAUAAGCUUAAAAUAAUGUAUCGCACGUAUAGGAUCCAAGCCCGUCAGAAUGCACAGCACACAGAGUCCCUGCAUCCAUCCAUCCCCAAGGAGUUCCAGCUAGACCUGGAUAUGAUUGAGAUGGACCAGGGUAGAGUGUGCGAGCUGCCGGACCUUGUCCAACACAAGCUGGAUGAGCUGCUGGAGCCCAUCAUGAUCCCUGAACCCAAGAUGCGUUCGGUCUCACCACACUUUGAUGAACUGCACAACAGCACGGCUUCCACCAUCAACUUUGUCAUCUCUCAGGUUGCGAGUGGUGACAUCAACACCAGCAUCCAGGCGCUGGCACAGAUUGAUGAGGUACUGCGACAGGAGGACAAAGCAGAAGUGAUGUCGGGACACAUUGAUCAGUUUCUUAUUGCAACCAUCAUGCAGCUGAGGCUCAUCAACAGCACGCACAUGGCUGAUGAUCGGGUGGAUAAGAAGGAUAUCAUAAAGUUGUAUAGCUGCAUCAUAGGAAACAUGCUGUCUCUGUUCUCUAUGGAGUCCCUGGCCAGAGAGGCAUCUAUGGGUGUGUUGAAGGACCUGAUGCAUGGUCUGAUAACGUUGAUGCUGGACAGCAGAGUGGAGGAUGUAGAAGAUGGAACACAGGUCAUCAGGUCUGUCAACCUGCUCGUAAUCAGAGUCCUGGAGAAGUCUGACCAGACCAACAUGAUCAGUGCUCUGCUGGUGUUGCUUCAGGACACGCUGGUCUCGACAGCUGGUUCCCCCAUGGUCUCAGAGCUGGUCAUGAAAUGUUUGUGGAGGGUUAUCCGCUUCCUCCCAGAGACCAUCAACAACAUAAACCUGGAUCGGAUCCUGCUGGAUGUCCACAACUUCAUGAAAGUUUUUCCCAAAGAGAAACUUAAGCAGCUCAAGAGCGAUGUCCCACACAGGACCCUCAAGACGCUGCUACACACACUCUGCAAGCUCACCGGGGCAAAGAUCCUUGACCACCUGUCGAUGAUUGAGAAUCGUAACGAGUCUGAGUUGGAGGCCCAUCUGAGGCGGGUAGUCAAACACUCCGGAAACCUGGCGGGACUCAAGAGUGACCGAAGCAACGAGAAGGGGGGACUGCGUAUAGACGAUCGGAUGUCAAAGGCAAAGGUCAGUGACAUUCUGUCUGAAAUCUUCAAGAAGAUAGGCUCCAAGGAGAACACUAAAGAGGGUUUGACAGAGUUAUACGAGUACAAACAGAAAUACUCAGACGCAGACCUGGAACCGUUCCUCAAAAACACAUCCCAGUUCUUCCAGAGUUAUGUGGAGCGAGGCCUUCGCAUGAUUGAGUCUGAGAGAGAGGGGAAAACUCGAAUCCAGACCACAGCAGUGAUCCCUCAGCAUGGUGUUGACUCCAGUCUGAGCAGCAACGAGGAGCUGAAGCCAGCUGUUUACUAUGAAAGACUGAAGAUUCUCAGACAAAGACAAGGCCUGGAAAACACUUCCAGGCAACAGAGUGUUGGGGGAAGUGAGGAUGAGGCUCAGCAGCGACCCACCAUCUCCUCCCUGCUGUCCUCAAAGCCGUCAGUGGCAUCAUCCACCGACAUGCUGCAAAGCAAGCUGUCACAGCUGAAAGAGUCGCGGGAGCUGUACAUGCAGGAGCACAACGUUCACUCCCCGACACACACCAACACCCGCUCAGCCUCACCAGCUGCCAACCUGGAUGACCUGAAGAAACGCCUAGAGAGGAUAAAGAGUAAACGGCAGUGAAGCAGGAGCACCACAUCAUCUCAUCCAUUAACCUUGUGGAGUCCUCUAGUAAGAAAUGGACCAUCCACCUUUUUAACUCAUGCUGUCUUUAUAUUGAUGUUCUGCCGGAGGGAAAGAGAAGGACACAGGACCCCGCCUCAGAUUUGAACCUGACUCCACCCACUGUGCCUGUAUGUUGUUAGAAAUAAAACACACCCUGUAGAAACCAUACAGGUGUUUUCAGCUACUGUUAUCAGAAUGUGAGUUAUUGUUCAUCAGAGUGAAAAGCUGAAGUCCUUCAGCAAUAUGAGAGGAGGGGCGCUGGUGGUGUUGUAGUUGUUAGAGAAUUAGGAUCAUGUACUUUGUUCUGUCUUUGCCCUCUAUGUACACUCUUCACUGUAUUAUGAAGCUUCCUCAGCCACUUGUCUGCUCGGGGUUUUUUUUUUUGUAUAUAUUGAACAGUUCAACACUUCUGUUGGCUGCAGGGGAAAAUGUCAAGAACACAACAGUAGCAAUAUUCAGGUAGACGCCCAAAAUGAGGUGCGUGACAUGAGGUGAGUGCCCCCUAUUGGUCAUACAUAGUUUGUGUGAUUUUCAGCUUUGCAUCAGUUCAGUAUGAUUUUAAAGGAUGUGUUCAACACUGAAUUAAAUUUACCUCAGCAGGAAAUCUGAGAAGAUGGUCUUAAAUUUCAUUUGCAAAAGCCUUUAGUUUUCCCCUUUUCUGCUGUAGUAACACUUUAUAUUCUGAUGUGAAUCCAGUUGUCAGGUUUCAUUCUCCACCUCUGAAUAGGAGAUGUCAGUACUGGGAGAGUGAAAUUUGCUGGGACAGGCUGAUUUACUGCUGCACUGCUCAAGAGUUUAGCUUCAGUAAUGAGUCCAGGUCAUAUUAAUUAUAAAUAGGAAUUAAUGUUAUAUUCAGCUGAAAGGAUAACCUUCAAAAAAUUAAUGUACUUAAAACCAUUGUUUCACAUUAACGGUCAUUAACUAAAUUUCAACUGUAUAGCUGCAUGAAGUCAAAUUAAAAUAAUAAUAAUAAUAAUAAUAAUAAUAAAGGCUUUCUGUCCUCUGGCCCAUGGUUGGCAUCUCUAAGUGACACUGUAAAACUCCAGCACCUACUUUAAUUAAAGUGUCUAAAGUUUUUUUGUCAAUUUCAGACUUGAAAAUAUUUUAAGUUGAGUUUCAUUUAUUCAGAUUCUGAUGGAUUAUCUGCGUCGUCUUUAACCAGAUAUUCAGAUGAUGGGCUUUCAGAAAGUAUCUGGUUUGUUUUGUGGCUUUUUCUUGAGCGUUGUUAUCACAGGAAGAGCAAAAGUGUAACCAAAAACAUUGGCUGGUCCACACUUCGGUAUAGGGUUUUAACUACUAGAUGUUCUCUAUUAAUCUGCAGGUUAUUUUCUCAUUUUAGUGUUUGCAAUGGUUGACCCAUCAGAAAACAGUGGGAAAAUUUUUCAAACUCUCAUCAGCUUGCACUGAAGGACGGGCUGAUCUCAUAACGGUCUCCUUUUGUCUGGAUCUCUAAAGUAGACUCCUCCAGUCCACUUAUUGUUAGUGGUUUUGUAAACUGAAUUAAUCAGAUCCAUUGUUUUAGUAACUCCAUCUGUUUUUGUAGUCUUGCUUCAGAGUCUAGAAGCUACUGUUUUUUCCCCUGAAAUGGGUUGGAGCUGGUGUACAAUUAAUGGUGCAGUUUAAAAAACAAAAAAGGCUUAUUUUGUUGAAGGAAGGAAGUGACCGCUGAGAAUUUUUCUUACAUGUGUGCAGUUGUGUUGCGCUGUGCUGUGGGUUUACACUCAGCUGUAAAUAAUGUAUGUAAAACUCUCCAUUAACCUUCACUUAACAAACCGCAGCCAUGAAGCCAGACUGCAGGGUGAACGUGGUUGCCACUGUAAAGUGCAUUGUCCAAACUGUUGUUCAGCAGAAGGAAGCACUCUGUGUUUGUAGGCUGUAGGAGCAUGGCAUGAGCCUGUGAUUUUUAUGUUAUUCUGUAAAUAAAGUUUGCAUCAAUUAAACUGCU